ACUGUCGCUAUUUCCAGCUUUGCCACCUAAUCGGCAUAUACUCUGAACCCUUCCAUAGUAUUCCACGCCCAACUCUUGUGCUUGGAUCCUCUGUCUUCUGUGUCUCUGCUACUGCUUUUCGCUCAAAUUCAAUCGCUUCGUGUUCGAAAAUGGCAGCAGUAUCAGGGAAGGUUAUCCAACAUGUUCUGGUAGCACAUUGCUGCCAGCAGGAUAGGAAGUUAAGCACCCAAUACAGAAAGGAUUGUUGUAUCCCUUAUAGGCACAAGUUACUUCCUUACAUAAGAGGGAAGUUGGCAUGGACUGACAUCUCCACCAUGCAAUUGCGCACAUUCUCAAAAUUUAAUCGAGGAAUUGUUUACUGCAAUGCGGCUCCAUCUGCCACCAUCAUACCAUCUGUGGACAAAGGUGUUUUUCUCAAGCUUCAAAAUGGCAGUGAUAUUCGGGGUGUUGCUGUUUAUGGUGUUGAGGGUGAACCUGUUACCCUAACUGAACCAGUUACUGAAGCAAUUGCUGCUGCUUUCGCUGCAUGGUUGCUGGAUAGAAAGAAACCUGAUCCAUCGAAACGGUUGAAAGUUUCAAUAGGCCAUGAUUCACGAAUUUCCGCGCAGAAGUUACAGGAUGCAGUAUCUCGAGGGCUAGCAGGUGCAGGUGUUGAUGUGAUUCAGUACGGAUUAGCAUCCACACCAGCGAUGUUCAAUAGCACUCUCACUAAAAGUGAAGACUUCUUGUGUCCAGUUGAUGGAUCUAUAAUGAUAACAGCAAGCCAUCUUCCCUACAACCGAAAUGGGUUUAAGUUCUUCACUGAUGCUGGUGGCCUCGGGAAAGUGGAUAUCAAAGAUAUAUUAGAGCGCGCUGCUGAUAUAUACAAAAACUUCACAGAUGAGGGUCUGAGGGAUGCAGAAAGAAAAGCCGCAGAAUCUGUGAAAAGAGUGGACUACAUGACUGUUUAUACAUCUGAUCUGGUAGCAGCAGUUCGUAAAGCUGCAGGGAACGUAGAGAGGCCACUGGAGGGAUUCCAUAUAGUUGUUGAUGCAGGAAAUGGAGCUGGAGGAUUCUUUGCUGGAAAGGUACUUGAACCUUUGGGAGCUAUUACUUCUGGAAGUCAGUUCCUAGAGCCAGAUGGGUUAUUUCCCAAUCAUAUUCCUAACCCAGAGGAUAAGGAAGCAAUGAGAGCUAUUACUCGGGCUGUACUUGACAACAAAGCAGAUCUGGGCAUCAUCUUUGAUACUGAUGUCGAUAGAUCUGCUGCUGUUGACUUUAGUGGACGUGAGUUGAACAGAAACCGUUUAAUAGCCCUUAUGUCCGCUAUUGUUUUAGAGGAACACCCUGGGACUACAAUCGUGACAGAUAGUGUAACAUCAGAUGGAUUGACCACAUUUAUUGAAAAGAAGCUGGGUGGAAGACACCACAGAUUCAAAAGAGGCUACAAAAAUGUGAUUGAUGAAGCUAUUCGAUUGAACUCUGUCGGGGAGGAAUCACAUUUGGCUAUUGAAACCAGUGGCCAUGGAGCUCUUAAGGAGAAUCAUUGGCUGGAUGAUGGUGCAUAUCUCAUGGUCAAGCUUUUAAACAAACUCGCAUCAGCUAAGGCUUCUGGAGUAGGUGGGGGCAGCAAGGUUCUGACUGACUUGGUUGAUGGCCUGGAGGAACCAGGUGUAGCUGUUGAAUUGAGACUUAAAAUUGAUCAAAAUCAUUCAGAUCUUAAAGGAGGAUCUUUCCGUGAAUAUGGAGAGGCUGUGCUACAACAUUUGGCAAAUGUAGUUAAUUCCGAUCCAAAACUUCAGAAAGCCCCUGUUAACUAUGAAGGCGUGAGGGUGUCGGGCUAUGGCGGAUGGUUCCUUUUGAGACUCUCACUUCAUGACCCUGUUUUGCCCCUUAACAUUGAGGCACCAAGCAAUGAUGAUGCUGUGAAGCUUGGACUUGCUGUUCUUGCUGCCGUAAAUGAGUUUAAAGCUCUUGAUACUUCUGCACUGAACAAAUUUGUCCAAGUGUAGAUGAAGCUGCCCUCAUCGUUUUCCAUCAUUCUCUACUGCAACCAACCAUGCGGCCUCUCCAACGUGCUGAAGAUCUGCUUGUAACAUAUGUUGCAAUGAAAUCUUAGCUUGUUACUCUCAUGUCGCCAUGCAAAAACAAAAGAUAUAUAGUAUUUGAGACUUUUUAUUCUGGGAAGGGAAUAUAUUUCAUUUGGUACAAACUCUUGCUGCAAUUUUGGCUGAUUGGGUAGAUGACACAGCCCCAAAGCGUGAGAUUUGAAUAAAAAUGCUUCUUCCAAUGUGAUGAACCAAUUCCAGUUGAUGCUUGGAGAUUAUUUUUCCUUUACUAAAGAUGAUUACAUUUCCCCAGAAACCA